GUUGUAUAAAUCUGAAACAGUAUCUGGGCUUGAUGACAAAGCUGAUUAGAGAGCAAACCUGCCCCUAAGACAAAAGCCAGUUUUCUGUUAUGCACUGUUUGUUAUGUAGUAUUACACCACUGAUCACUGAUGUUGUUCCGUGCAGAUGAGGAGGAGGACUGUGCGCCCAGCCCCCCGGCAGCGACUGGUGGCAGCAGCACGGGAGCAGCGCCCGGAAAGGUGACGCGUGGAGCGUCGCACAUCCACCUGUGGCAGUUCCUGAAGGAGCUGCUGACGUCGCCGCAGACGCACGGCUCGUGCAUCCGCUGGCUGGAGCGCGGCAAGGGCGUGUUCAAGAUAGAGGACUCGGUGCGUGUCGCGCGCCUCUGGGGCAAGCGCAAGAACCGGCCCGCCAUGAACUACGACAAGCUGUCCCGCUCCAUCCGCCAGUACUACAAGAAGGGCAUCAUGAAGAAGACGGAGCGCUCGCAGAGGCUCGUCUAUCAGUUCUGCCACCCGUACUGCCUGUAACUUCCCGCACCUCUUGGCGGGACGUCUGGGGUUGUACAUAUCUCUUCACUCUUCACUUAUUAACUUAUUGUACUCUCUCUCUCACGACUUUGCAGUCAGCAAGGCGGUGAUGAUGAGACCUCACCUAACCGUUCUUCCUUCUGCGUCGCUCCAAAGCUACGGCCCGGUGCGCAGUCAUUGCGUUCCGUGUCCGCUAGCCGUGGUCCGCGCCGGAGGCCAGUGUAUUUGCCAAUGGCAAACUUAUUAUUGCAGUGUUUCGUGUGUCUUUCACUGCUCAGUGACCAUGUUUAUAAAGUAUUUACGUGUUCUAUUUAUGUCACGUACGUUAGCCUCGGACGAGUCUCGUGGAAGGUAAUUUCCACAGGCGAAGUCCGCAGGAAGUAGCUAUAGUCAUUUAACAAAGUUAUUGUUUAAAAUAAUAUUGUCAUUGUGUCUCGUCUUACGUUAAGUAACUUGCUGGCUAGUACGCAUCUUGUCGCGCGGCGUCUUUCCGAGAGCUCCGGCCGCACGUGAUUGGCCGCGGUGUUUCCGCUAAGGUGCGCCCGCCGUGGGUCUGAUGCUCGGAUCUCGGCAGGAUCAUUAUUCAUUCUGCCCCUGAUCUUUGAUGCUCGACCCCCGGCGAGCUCCACUAGAAAUCCAGGACGUCAAUCCGUCGUUGCCGGAUCUAAACUCUCUGAAGAAACGCAGCUCGGCAGAUGCAGAAAACCGGUGAUUUUUGGUCCCAUAUAUCUAUGAUAUAUUCCAUCUAGUAAGUUCUGUGAACAAACUACUUAUAUUAAUAAGAACAUUUAGUUUUAAGUGAAAGUGGUUCUCAUGUGAGAACCACACAGAUAUUAGAGUAUUUUUAUCAUGAUAGUUAUAAAAUUAUAAUAUAUUGUAAAUAAAUAGUUUUUAAGGGAAUAUAUUAUAUAAUGAAUUAUAUAUAUAUUUAUAGAAAAUCUAAUACUACUUUUAAUCAAUUACGGAAAAUUUUGAAUGUCACACUUUUUAAAUGCAGUACAACCAAAACACCAAAUAAACACCUAACAAUGGUGCAUGUUAUCACAUCAAUGUCAAAAGCAUUCUACCAUGAAUGUUUGAGAUUCCAAUCUACACUUACUACAGUCCAAAGAAAAAUUAUGUACCAUAUAUCUAUGAAGAAAAAA